UUUUAAAAAACGUUUUCGUUUGACGUUUGUGUGUUUUGAUAACAAAGGUUUUAAUUUAAUAUAAAAUAAAAAUGAGUAACGGAAAAGAGGCGAUGGAAGUGGAGGUGGAGACUUCCUCGACGGCGGAAUGCUCGAAAUCCUCCAUGGAUACUUCGGUGGAUGUGAGCAAAAAUGUCAUGGCCUCGGGGGCAGUGGGAUCCAUCACUUGCUCUUUACACCCCCUGGUUAUUAUGAAUGUAUCGGAGCAUUGGACUAGAGAAAGGGCCCAGGAAGGGGCUGUUCAACAAGUAAUCGGAGCUCUCAUCGGCAAGCAAAAAGGCAGGAACAUUGAAAUAAUGAAUUCGUUUGAGUUAGUUUUUAGAGUUAUUGGCGGCGAUAUAAUCAUUGAUAAAGAUUACUAUAAUAUGAAAGAAGAACAAUUUAAGCAAGUGUUCAGUGAUUUAGACUUUAUCGGUUGGUACACCACAGGAGAUUCCCCGAGCAUGAUGGACAUUAAAGUACAUAAACAAAUUUGCGAAAUUAACGAGUCCCCGAUAUUACUAAAAUUGAAUCCUUAUGACAAAAAUAUCGAAUAUUUGCCAGUCGAUUUGUUCGAAUCUGUGAUCGACCUAGUAAAUGGUGAGGCUACCAUGCUCUUUGUCCCACUGACAUAUACUCUAGCUACAGAAGAGGCCGAACGUAUAGGCGUAGACCACGUAGCUCGAAUGUCUACUACAGACUCCGGAGAGAGCUCCUUAGUUGCGGAACACUUAACUGCCCAACACAGCGCCAUCAAAAUGCUCCAUUCUAGAGUCAAAUUGGUAUUGGAGUAUAUGAAAGCUGUGCAGAGCGGUCAAUUGCCCAGGAACCAUGAGGUACUUAGGGAGGCCUACUCUUUGUGCCAUAGGUUGCCUGUCAUCGAUGGUACUAGGUUUAGACAAGAUUUUUAUAACCAAUGUAAUGAUGUAGGGCUAAUGACUUACUUAGGAACUCUCACAAAGGGUUGCAAUGACCUCAACCAAUUCGUGAACAAAUUCAAUAUUUUGUACGACAGACAAGGAGUAGGCAGAAGGAUGAGAGGAAUUUUUUUCUAAUUUUAAGUAAAUAUUAAAUUGUUAUAUUAUUUAUUAAAAUUUG